AUGGCAGCAAAUGCUCCCCCCGCGAUCCCAGCUAACGCUCCCCCCGUGAUCCCAGCUAAUGCUCCACCCGCAAUGCCACCCAGGGUACAACAACCGGCCCAGAACAAUGACGAUCGGAUAAGUGUAUCCUCAUCCACCUCAGAUCCAAGAUCCCGGAUGCAGCUAUGUACCAAUCACAGGGAGCCACAACCCAGACAACAACGCCACCAUUCGCUCCAACGGGGUGAUGCGUCUCUACGAAGAGCUCAUCUCUUUAAUGAAGGGGAAGACGAGAUAAAUAGUAGAGUAUCUCGCCAAAACCAGUUCCCCAGAUUGAACAAUCCAAUUGACGGAAGAGCGCCAGUCCCAACAAGGCGCAGUCCUUUCACCCUAAACAUCCUCAACGAGGUAUUGCCUCAAGGAGUGAAAGUAUCGGGCUUACCUCAGUUCGAAGGAACUACCGACCCGCAGGAACACAUAGAGAAGUUCCACGCUAUGGCAGACCUAUAUGGCCCGACAGAUGCAGCAAUGUGCAAGAUGUUUCGCACCACUCUAUCCAAGAGAGCCAUGAAUUGGUUCAACGCUCUGCCCACAGGAUCAAUUGACACUUUCGCUCAGUUGUCAUUGCGUUUCACCAACCAAUUCGCCAUCAAUAAGCAAUAUGCUAAAACUCCAGCACAUCUCUUCUCUAUCGUACAGAGAGACAAUGAAACACUCCGCAACUACAUCAGGCGUUUUGUGGAAGCUGUUCAUGAAGUUCCCAGUGUAGGACAAGAUAUGCUCUCAGGGAUUAUGCAGCAAAACCUGAAGUCGGGUAGGUUCAAAGAAUCUAUCGCAGGAAGACCUCCUGGCAACUUAGAUGAGCUGUUAAAUCGAGCUGAAAAAUAUAUACGCAUAGAAGAAGCUUCUGCCAAUGCUCCUCCCAAGAGGAAGAGAGAAGAUGACCGCCCUGACAUUAGGAGACGAGAUGAUCGACGUCCUCCACCCCCACCUCAAGGCCAAUCAUCUUCAACUUAUAAUCGAUUCACUCCACUCAAUACUCGCCUCACCGAAAUACUUCAUGUGAUUGAACAAAAAGGUCUGGCAGAGCCUCCACGCCCAAUGCAACCCAAUGCGAAACGAGAAAAAUCGGAUCGCUAUUGUCGAUUCCACAGAGAUAAAGGGCAUACUACUGAGGAAUGUGCGCAACUCAAAUUGGCGAUUGAGAGGUUGAUCAAGCAAGGCCACUUAAGCGAAUAUAUUGAUAAGCCUCGAAAUAAGCGUCGUGAUGAUCUUCCACGCCGAGAUAACAAUCGAGAUCAACAACAACGACGAGAGGAUGGGGGUCAUCGGCGCGACCCAGAUAACAAUGAUAACCAACCCACCCGAGGAAUCAUCUCUUUUAUCUCCGGAGGACCGGCAGGUGGCGACUCACAAAAUGCGAGACGCACCCUCGCUCGAUCAGCACGCAUGAAUCAAGAACAUGCUUCUCCAUCCGCAUCCGUCUAUCAAAUACGAAGACCUGAUCAUGGCAUAGUCUUCAACUCCUCAGACCUUGAAGGACCAGAUGAAGAUCAUGUCGAUGCGUUGGUGAUAACUGCAACGGUGGCCAACUUCAUAGUUAAAAAGAUACUAGUGGACGGUGGGAGCUCAGCCGACAUUAUGUAUCUCCACACAUUCAAGCAGCUAGGCAUAGACAACGCACGGUUCAAUCCCAUCACUACACCACUGAAAGGAUUCACGGGAGAAGGUGUUUUAUCCAUGGGGGAAGUAGAGUUACCCAUCUCCUUAGGGGAAGAUCCUUGUCGAGUAACGAAAAUGAUAAAAUUCCUUAUCGUCGACAAGCCAUCCCCUUAUAACAUCAUCGUGGGAAGGCCCGCGAUCCAUACAUUCAAGUCUGUGCCUUCAUCUUACCACCAAAAGUGGAAAUUCCCCACUCCUUACGGGAUGGGAGAGGUACUUGGAGAUAGGCGUCUCGCUCGAGAAUGUUAUGCAAGAGCUCUACGUGAACCCUCUAAGAGACCUAAUCCUUUAGGGAAAGGAGACGACACCCCGAGACAAGAUAAGCGAAAAUGGGUCAACGCGGUCAUCGAAGCUGAUAAAGAAAUCCUAAUCAGCGUACCCGACGACACCGCCAAGCUAGCCGCAGUUGAAGAACUAAAAUCAGUAGAACUCAUACCCGGAGAUAAUUCUAAGCUUCUCCGCAUCGGCUCUGAUCUAGAUCAAGAAGUGGAGAAUCAGCUAGUUAACUUCCUUAGGCAAAAUGGAGACGUAUUUGCUUGGAAAGCUCAAGAUCUAACGGGAAUUCCUCCGAAAGUAGCAUUGCAUCGACUAAACGUUGACAAAAGAUUGAAACCGGUCAAGCAACGUAAAAGGACUUUCGGUCCUGAGCGCAACAAACAUAUCAAAGAGGAAGUGGCAAAACUCUUAGAUGCAGGCCACAUUAGAUCGGUUCAGUAUCCCGAGUGGUUAUCCAAUGUGGUAUUAGUACCUAAACCCGGAGGCAAGUGGAGGCUAUGUGUAGACUUCACCGACCUCAACAAGGCAUGCCCGAAGGAUCCAUUUCCCUUACCAAGGAUCGACCAGCUCAUAGACUCAACCUCAGGGUGCGAACUUCUCAGCUUCCUUGAUGCAUAUCAAGGAUACAACCAAAUAUUGCUCGCCCCAGAAGAUCAAGAGAGAGCUAGUUUCAUUACUGACCAAGGCAUCUAUUGCUAUCGAGUUAUGCCGUUCGGUCUCAAGAAUGCAGGAGCUACUUACCAACGCCUGGUGAACACGAUGUUCGCGGACUUGAUUGGUAAGAACAUGGAAGUGUACAUUGAUGACAUGCUUGUCAAGAGUAUUAAAGUCGCGGAUCACCUAACCGAUUUAAGUCAAUGCUUCUCCAUCUUACGUAAAUACAAGAUGAAGCUCAAUCCCCUAAAAUGUUCUUUUGGAGUUCGAGGCGGAAAAUUCUUAGGGUAUAUGAUAUCACAACGGGGAAUUGAAGCCAACCCAGCAAAGAUUGAAGCUAUCACCUCCAUGGCCCCUCCCACAUCGAUUAAGAAGGUCCAACAACUUAAUGGUUGUUUGGCAGCCUUAAACCGAUUUAUAUCCCGAUCGGCUGAUAAGGGUCUUCCUUUCUUCAAGAUACUAAGAGGUGGGAAAAAGUUUGAGUGGAACGAAGACUGUCAAAGAGCUUUCACAGAAUUGAAAGCAUAUCUCACUUCCCCACCUCUACUAACGAAGCCCCAGCCGGGAGACACUCUUUUCCUAUACUUGGCCAUUUCUGCUGAUGCCAUUAGCGCAGUGCUCAUUCGGGAUGGUGAAAAAGGUCACCAACCGAUAUAUUACAUAAGCCGAGCUCUCCAAGGCCCAGAGCACCGCUACACCAAUAUGGAGAAACUUGCUCUCGCGCUCAUCAAUGCAGCCAGAAAGUUACGUCCGUACUUCCAGUCGCACCAGGUGAUAGUUCUCACCAACUAUCCCCUUAAACAAAUAUUGAGAAGUCCCGAGACUUCCGGACGAUUAGCUAAAUGGGCUAUAGAGCUAAGUGAAUAUGGGGUUGAGUUCAAACCACGCCCAGCCAUCAAAGCUCAAAUCCUAGCAGACUUUGUAGUAGAGAUGACUACAUCGGAAGAGAGCACAUCCAUACCCACUUGGGCCAUCAAUGUUGAUGGAUCAUCUACCGCUACAGGAGGAGGCGCGGGUAUUGUACUAACAAGCCCAGAUGGCGAUGAAUUCGAGUAUGCUAAACGGUUUGAUUUCAAAGCCUCCAAUAACGAAGCCGAAUAUGAAGCUUUGAUCGCUGGUAUCCGUCUCGCUUUAGCAGCUGGAGCUCGCAAACUCAUAGUACACAGCGACUCCCAGUUGGUGGUCAACCAAGUCCUUGGGAACUAUGAGGCCAAAGAAGAAUCCAUGGCAAAGUACCUUGCUCUUGCACUUACCCUCCUCUCAAAAUUGGAUAGCUACGAGAUAAAGCAAGUACCACGAGCCAACAAUAUUGAUGCAGACAAGUUGGCUAGACUUGGUAGUUCCAUGGCAAGCAUUGGAAGCCGGAAAAUCACCCUUCUCACGGCUUCCCAACCAGAAAUAGUCUCCACCGACGGAGUGAAUUGCGCUGAAGAGAGCGAACCCUGUUGGAUCACCCCCAUUACAAACUAUCUCAAAAGCGGGGAACUUCCGACUGACAUCGCCCAAGCGAAGAAAAUAAAGGUAAGGGCGGCCCGUUUCCUAAUGAUAGGUGAAGAUCUCUACAAGCGAGGGUUCUCCUCCCCCUAUCUUAAAUGCCUUAACCCAUCAGCAGCAGACUAUGUGCUUCGGGAAGUACAUGAAGGCAUUUGUGGUAAUCAUUUAAGUGGAAGAAACUUAGCUCUCAAAAUAUUGAGACAAGGUUACUAUUGGCCCACCAUGCAUGAAGAUGCGAAAAAACUAGUGCAGAGAUGCAAACCUUGCCAAGAACACGCUAACAUCCUUCAUCUCCCCGCAGCAUUGAUGCAACCGAUUGACAGUCCCAUACCUUUCGCUCAAUGGGGAGUUGACUUGGUCGGUCCUUUUCCACCAGCAACAGGAGGACGCAAGUUCCUCAUUGUAGCUGUAGAUUACUUCACCAAGUGGGUAGAAGCAGAACCUUUAGCUCGCAUUCGAGAAGAAGAUGUCAUCCAAUUCCUUUGGAAAAACAUUGUGUGCCGCUUCGGCAUUCCCCGUUCCAUUAUUUCGGACAAUGGAACACAAUUUUGUGGAGACAAAGUCAAGAGUUGGUGCCUUGGCUUAUCUAUUAAGCAAUUCUUCACUUCGGUGGCAAACCCCCAAGCAAAUGGUCAAACUGAAGUAACCAAUCGCACGAUACUUCAACAUCUCAAGACAAGGCUUGGAAGUGCCAAGGGAAAGUGGGUUGAAGAAUUACCCAAUGCUCUGUGGGCAUAUCGAACAACCCCACGAACAGCAACAGGAGAAUCUCCAUUUAACCUAGCUUUUGGAACAGAGGCUGUAGCACCCGUAGAGAUUGGCGAACCCUCUUGGAGAGUCAUCAAUUAUUCACCAGAGGAGGAUGAAGAAGCAAUGAGGGCUAACCUCGAUCUCGUCGACGAGCUAAGAGAGAUUGCAUCCAUCAGACAGCAAAUGUACAAGAGUCGCAUGGCGAAAGUUUAUAACUCCAAAGUCCGCCCUCGCUCUUUCCAAGUAGGAGAUUUAGUUCUCCGCAAAGCCGAAGCCUCACGCCCAAUCGGUAAACUCGACCCGAAGUGGGAAGGACCAUAUAAAAUCACACAAGUGAUUAACAAUGGAGCAUAUCGUCUCGAGAACCUCGACGGACACCCUAUACCCAGAACCUGGAAUAUAGGGAAUCUCAAAAGGUUCUACGCUUGA